GGGACAACAACGGUGGCCGGGACUACGCGCUGCUUGGGCGCGAGCACCCUGGUGGUGCCGGAGCCGCGGAGCCCCAGGGCUGGAUCCAUUUUAUUUGAACUAGGCUCCUGCUGGCCACAGCAGGGACAAAACAGUGGCACCCAGGCGUGGGGGGAGACUGUGGCGCCAGGAACCCGGGAACCACAAUUGGCAGAUGGGUGGAGGGCGGUCCCAGAGAGUCAAGUCGAGGUGGCUGGAAACCGUCUGUGAAACUCAAGAGAUUAGGGUGGAAAAUGGCAGCUAUCUCUGAAGGGCAUAAGUCAGAGCACACCAUGCCUCCUAAUAAAGAUGCCAGCAGUCUUAACAGCUCGGCAGCAGGGCUCAUCUGCCUCCCUCCAAUCUCUGAGGAGCUACAGCUUGUGUGGACUCAAGCAGCGCAAACCAGUGAGCUGGAUGGAAAUGAACACCUGCUACAAACCUUCAGCUACUUCCCCUAUCCAAGCCUGGCAGAUAUUGCUCUCCUCUGCCUGAGAUAUGGGCUGCAGAUGGAGAAGGUAAAGACCUGGUUCAUGGCCCAACGGCUCCGCUGUGGCAUUAGCUGGUCAUCUGAAGAGAUAGAAGAGACUCGAGCCCGAGUGGUGUACCACCGAGAUCAGCUCCAUUUCAAGUCUCUCCUCUCUUUCACAAAUCACGCAGUGUGGCCCCCACCGGAGAUGCCUCCAGUGCCCUCUCCAGAGCAGGUUGCUCUUGGACUGUGUCCUCUGGCUCUUGGUGAGCCCACCCAGAUGAAAGGAUUGAAGGUUGAGCCUGAGGAACCCUCUCAGGUACCACAGCUGCCACAGAGUCACCAGAAAGUGAAGGAACCUCUGAUGACAGGCAGCAGAGCGUUACCCCACCAAUCAGGUUUUUGUCAGGAUCUUCAGAUCAGUGGACUCUCUAAGGAGCAGGAAAGGGGUUCUGACCAGUCAUGUGGUGUAGGGACUGCUUCCUGGAAUCACUCCACAGCUGUUCAUCAGCCACAUGCUGAGGAUAAGCCCCCACUGAUCUCAUUACUUGUCAGUAGUUGUAAGGAGGAAUCAGCACCUAGUGGGACACCUCCAUCUCCUCCUUUCCAGGUAUUGGCUAAUGGAACUACUGCCACCCCUAAACCCCUCCAGCCUUUGGGCUAUAUUCCACAGUCGUUCUCGCCUAGUGAGCAGGCACUGUCUCCACAAGUGGAACCACCCUGGCCCCAAAGGCUACGGAAUAACUCAGUAGCAAAUCGGGUUGGCCCCACAGAAUACCUUUCACCAGAUAUGCAACACCAGCGAAAGACUAAGCGUAAAACCAAAGAACAGCUGGCCAUCCUCAAAUCCUUUUUUCUACAGUGCCAAUGGGCACGACGAGAAGAUUACCAUAAAUUAGAACAGAUAACUGGUUUACCUCGCCCUGAGAUCAUUCAAUGGUUUGGUGACACCCGAUAUGCCUUGAAGCAUGGACAACUGAAAUGGUUUCGGGACAAUGCAGUACUUGGUGCCCCUACUUUUCAAGAUCCAGCCAUUCCCACACCAUCAACUCAUUCCUUGAAAGAAUGGGUCAAGACACCGCCUCUGCCAGCCCCACCACCCCUACCAGACAUACAACCUUUAACACCACCUCUGCCAGCCCUACCGCUCCCACCAGACAUAAAACCUUUAGAGAGGUACUGGGCAACCCACCAGCAGCUGCAGGAAGCUGAUAUUCUUAAACUGAGUCAGGCAUCAAGACUUAGCACUCAGCAAGUGCUGGAUUGGUUUGACUCUCGAUUGUCUGAGCCAGCGGAGGUGGUAGUUUGCCUAGAUGAAGAGGAGGAGGAAGAUGAAGAACUGCCAGAAGAUGGUGAGGAAGAGGAGGAGGAGGAAGAU